AUGAAAUUCGCAUUCUUUUUAUUACUAUCUUGUUUAGCAGUAUUACAUGUCUCUGCUGGUGGCGCCAAUGGUGGCCAUCACAAUAACAAACCACCAAAAUACAUGAACUAUGUACCUUAUGCAGGUGUCAAUUGUACUGGCCCUGUUGAUGGUCAUGGUACAUCCUAUUUACUCAAUACUUGUAUUCCAUUUGAAGGAUAUGCUUUAAAGUAUGUACUUAAUGGUACCAAUGUUGAUAGUUAUUACUAUUUCGGUGCACAGAACUGUAACGGUGCACCAGAUGGACCAUACUCUUCAGCCGUUGACAAAUGUUAUAGAUUCAAGAAUGGGUAUCCUACCAACCCAUACUUUUAUGCUCAUUUAACCGUCAGCCGUAAGGCCAUCAAGCCACCCAAAGAUACUCUUUGUCUCUACAUGAAGUCAUACUCUGAAACCAAUCUCAAGUGCAAGUCUGAUUUCAAUUGGUCCAAGUACGUAACCAACGGUACCUCUUGGUUAUGGUUGGCAGACUUCUCUGAAACGUUGUUCUGUGACAACAACAACAAGGCCAUUGAAUUAUUGUGCAACACCACCACUAACGCUUGCCAAACCACUUUCAAGGAUGCAUCAUGUGAUCCAUUCCCACAACAACUUGCCAACCUUGUUAGCAAGUGUGUAGGUCCAAAUCCAAACCAUCACUGUGGGGACUCUGACUCUGAUUCUGAUUCCGACUCCGAUUCUGACUCUGACCGUUUAAAUAAUAAUGCUGCAAAGUCAACAUCUGAUUUUAAGAUCAUUUUUGGUGGUAUUCAUACUCCAUUCACAACUCCAAGAAAUGUUUAUAAUAAUUAA